ACGCAACACCAGGAUGCAGACAAACUUAAUGAUAUGCUCAUGCUGGCUAAUGAGAAAAUUGCCGCAUUGCACUCGGAACUAAAUGACUUGGUCGAGCGCGAGCGCCAGCGAAGAAUAGCUUUUCUUGAAGCCCAACAGUUGGUUAUCAAGGAAUUUGUUGAAAAUGCGAUCACUCAAACCAAAGAGCAUGAAAAGAUUCAACGUGAACUGGACCGCAGAAACUGGGAAAUAGAGUCUCACGAGGCGAUGCAACGUCAUGUACGUCAAUUGACCGCCCAACAUUCUGAACAUCUUUUGCAAAUGAGCCAAUUUCUUCAAGAAAAAUUUAGCCGCCAGAGUGAAUUACAAGUUCGCGAGGCUGUUGCUCGAGAAACACGAGCUUUUGAGGCAGCUCUCCUUGGAUGGAAGCUUCGCAUGGAAGCUAUUGAGAAGGUAGUAGAUGGUGAGUCUUUGUAG